CAACCUGAACAGAACCAAAACACAGCAGCAGACAAAGACCAGCAGAACACUGUGAGACAACCAGACAACCAGACCAAGACUACACCACAGCAACGACCUUCCACUGUGGACGACAAGACUAACAAACAAAUCAUGGGUUCUACUUCAAACGUACACUUUUUGAUGGUAAGUGAUUACUUUAGUAUCUUCAAGAUAUCAGUUGAGUUUGCCACUGGUGUCUGUAUCUGCUGAGCAAUCGUUUUAAAGUUCAGUUCUGUCAUUUUGAUUAUCCAUUUUACCUUAUUGGGUUCAUAGUAGAGUAAAGAUUAUGUUUUAUGUUUUGCUGUUGAAUUUUUUUGGCUCAUAGUGUAAAUCAGCAAACAUAUUUAGCAACAAAUUUAGCAAAACGGUCCUAUAUAUGCCUUCUUUCAGAGGUGAUACCAGGCCACUAACAGUCCCUCUGUUCCUCAGGUGCUGUGUGUAAUGGGGGUGAGGAUGAUGAUGAUGGGGGCAGAGGCGGCCCCCCACGCCCAUCCAGGGAUGUCAGGAAGCCGCACACGGAGCAACCCACGGGUAGACAAGAAGUCUGUAGAGCCUACAGGUCCAGACACAAUAACUGUCCCCCUGCACCUGGACCCGAGCUACAGAAUUCCUUCCCGUCCCUUCAGACCCAUUUGGAACCACUCGAUCUCCCCAUGGACUUACAAGUGAGGACCUGCAACGAGCUUACACAGACACAAUAGAAAUACCACAAUACACACGGACAAACAUUUUUUUGGUAUAAUUUUUUUUUAUAUGCCUUUCAAAAUAAUAAUAAUAAUACAUUUUAUUUGCGUCUUUCAAAAUACCUAAGGUCACUUACAGAGUAAGGAAUAAAAUAAAAUAGCAAAAUGCUAUAUGCUUAUAUGAAAUAUGCCAUUCAUACCUUUAGGAAGCUUGCUUAAAAAGAAGUAGGAAUUCUCAGCUGUGCUCUGUUGAAUACAUUGUGAUCUCUAAUAUCGUCCUCUCUCUCUCUCUCUCUCUCUCUCUCUCGCUCUCUCUCUCUCUCUCUCCAGCACUACCUAUGAUGAGUCCCGCUUUCCCCCUUUCAUCUCGGAGGUCAGGUGCUCUCUGGAGGGCUGUCUGAACGUCGCGGGUAAGGAGGACAGGAACCUGGAGUCCAAACCCAUCUACCACCAGAUCCUGGUCCUGAGGAAGGUGAUGGGGAGCGGGGACAGAUACCACUACCGGCUGGAGUCAAAGAUCAUCGCGGUGGGCUGCACCUGUGUCAGGCCUAGCAUUGAGCACCAACAGUAA